AGAAGGCACAGUUAAAAAACCGAAGGUGGUUAAAAUCAAAAGAGCCUUGCCCCCCCAAGUUUCUCAUAGAGAACAAAAACUAUAUACAGAAGGAGAAAAAGGCAGAGGAAAAAACAGAGCGAGUGAGUGAGUGGGGUGAGAGCAGAAGCAUCAGAGUGAGAAGGGGGUUGGGGUUGCUUUAGCUUUUCUGGGUUUGGGAAUCGUUGAAAGACAGUGGAGAAAAGCCUGCAAGAGAAUUCAAGACCUAAACAUGGUAAAGCUUAGGAAGUGUUGAUCUGCAUAUAUAGAUUCAUCAUUCAUCUUUGUUUUUCUAUGCUUCUCUCUUCUUUUUUUAACUUCUCUGCCACAACACACACCAUCAGAUAAACCGUACCACUACUACUACUCCAUCCAUCCAAAUUUUCCACUCUCUCUACCUCUAUUACACUGAGACAAAAUAAAAAUAAAAAAAGUGGUGUGUGUGUGUGUGAGAGAGAGAGAGAGAGAGUUGAAAAGCACAAAAGGGGUGUGACUUUGUCUAUCUUAGACAAAUGGGCUAAGUGUUAGGUAUUUCUUUAGCUCUUUUUUGCAUGGAACGUGCAAGCCCUUGUGUUGGCAAACCCUAUUAUUGACUCAUAGCUUCAAACAUUACUCUUCAUAGGGUCAAAGAGAGCGAGUGUGAGUGUGUGUUUGUUUCAUAUAUCUGCAACCAUAUCCCAGUGUUGCUGUUGUAAUGAAGCAAUUUUUCUUCUUGUUCAUGGAGAGGAAGAGAACCACCCCUACUAGUAUCUCCUUCUUUUUCUUGCUCUCAAUUUGCACACCCAUCUUCUUCAGUAGAACUACUACUACUGCCUCUGGCAUUCCAUGUUUAGAUACUCGGUGUCCCAUGUUUGCCAGAGCUGGUAGAGACUUUCAGGAACUCAAGGAGAAAAAUGGGCAAGGCUUGGUCUUUGGAGGUAAAAUGGAGGUCUCAUCAAUGGGCUGGCACAGGAGACUUCUAGGUGGGCCUGGGUCAUCGCCGCCACGGUGCACCUCCAAGUGUGGCAGAUGUACACCCUGCAGGCCGGUUCAUGUGCCGGUGCCGCCGGGGACGCCGGUUACUGCCGAGUACUACCCGGAGGCAUGGAGAUGCAAGUGUGGCAACAAGUUGUACAUGCCAUGAAUAUAAUUUUCUCUAAGUAUGAUGUAUUUUUGUUGGGUCUAAUAUAUAUAGUUCAUUUUAUUGACUAUAAAUUAAGACAAAUCUCAUCUCUUUGAUUAAUUACGUUAGCUUUAGCUUGUGGUGGAUAUUGGAUAUGGAAAAAAAGAGGGUACAGAACUUGAUUUGAUGUGAAAUAUAUAAUAUAUAUCUUCACACUGAUAACGGAUUAAUGUUAGUGACAGUGAAGUUAUGUUGCUACAUUUGGUUAUAUGGUGCUUGGAUUUUCUUUUUA